AUGGCGCCUUUAUUUAUUCUUACAGAGACGGCGGCGGGAUUGGUCUUAUUCAAGGCAGACAAAAAGCUGCUGAAGAGUGAUGAUGUUGCCUCGGAAAUAGAAACCGCAGAGGGUAUCAAUGGAUUAUUGAAGCUUAAGCAAUUUCAAAAGUUCGACAGUGCCGCGACAGCUUUAGAGGAGGUUGCUUCGUUAGUCGAGGGAAAAGUUUCACCUAUGCUUGCAAAACUUCUCGAUACUCUAAAAGAUGAGAAGAAGGCAUCAUUGGCAGUGGCUGACCCUAAAUUGGGACAAGCCAUCAACAAGCUUCCAGGCUUGACUCUCACACCAAUCUCCGACUCGAAGACAAAUGAUAUUUUCCGUGGAAUCCGCGAUCACCUCCCCUCUUUGAUCCCAGGUCUUCUUCCCGAACACAUCUCCACCAUGUCACUUGGUCUGUCGCAUUCUUUGUCACGCCACAAGUUGAAGUUCUCACCCGAUAAGGUUGACACCAUGAUUGUGCAAGCUAUUUCGUUGUUGGACGAUUUGGACAAGGAGCUCAACACAUACGCCAUGAGAGUCAAGGAAUGGUACGGAUGGCAUUUCCCAGAAAUGGGCAAGAUUGUAAACGACAACUUGGCCUACGCCAGAGUUAUCUUGAAGGUUGGUAUGCGCGUCAACACUUCCAGUACCGACCUUGCAGAUAUUCUUCCUGAAGAAAUCGAAGCUGCCAUCAAAGCCGCUGCCGAAGUUAGUAUGGGUACCGAAAUCACUGAAGAAGAUUUGGAGAACAUCAAACUGUUGGCCGACCAAGUUGUUGGCUUUACAGAAUAUCGUCAGCAAUUGUCAAGCUACUUGUCGGCCCGUAUGCAAGCGAUUGCUCCCAACUUGACAGAGUUGGUUGGUGAGCUGGUUGGAGCUCGAUUGAUCGCCCAUGCUGGAUCUCUCAUGAGUCUCGCAAAGAGCCCUGCUAGUACCAUCCAAAUUCUUGGUGCUGAAAAGGCUCUAUUCAGAGCUCUCAAGACGAAACAUGACACUCCAAAAUACGGUCUCAUCUACCACGCUUCAUUGGUUGGUCAAGCUACCGGUAAGAACAAGGGAAAGAUCGCGCGUAUGUUGGCCGCUAAGGCGGCCAUUGGAAUCCGCGUCGAUGCUUUGUCAGACUGGAGUGCACAGGGUGAAGGCAAAGGUGAUGACGUUGAUGAUGAGGAGAGAUCCGCCUUGGGUGUCACUUCACGUGCCAAGAUUGAACGUCAUCUCCGAGGACUUGAAGGGAAGCCUCUUCUUCCUCGAGGUGUUGCUGUUGGACCAAAUGGCAAGUCGACAUCCGCUCCUGGUAAAUGGGAAGUCAAGGAAGCCCGAAAAUACAAUGCAGAUGCAGAUGGGCUUGCUGGGGAUGAACCAGCUGCCGCUAUUCCUGUCAGAGAGAAGAACAAGACACUCAUCGAAGAAGUCGCUGAGGAAUCUAGUUCCGAUUCUUCGGACGAGAGUGAUGCAUCUGAGAAGAAAUCCAAGAAGGGAGAGAAGGGAGACAAGGAAGCCAAAAAGGCUGAAAAGGCCGAGAAGGCUGCUAAGAAAGCCGAAAAGGCUGCAAAGAAAGCUGCAAAGGAAGCAAAGAAGGCAGCAAAGGAAGCAAAGAAGAGCGCUGUAGACACACCAGUUGUCAGUGGCAAGAAGCGAAAGUCGGAAGAUGAUGUCGAAAAGUCUGAGAAGAAGAAGAAGAAGAAGAGUAAGGAUUGA